CGUGGGGCGGAGAGGGGGAACGCGAGACCGCAAAAUGAAGAAGCGCAAAGCUGACGAAAAGGAGGGACUGGGGGAAAGCCAGGCAAAGACGGCGAGGGAUGGAAAGACUGAGUUCUCCGUGGCGAUGUUUAGGGCCAUGCUGAAGGACAAGACGCAACGUAUCGCAGCUCUGCAGAAGUUUGCAGUGAGCAGCAGGAACCAGGGAGAGACAACAGACAUCAUUAAAGACUUCCUCCAAGUGUCUCCUGAAUGUGUGGAGAUCCUCAAAUUGUUGGACGAACAACCCUUAGAUCAGGAGGUCCAGCAGAUAUUCCGCUGUCUGGAGGCUGUUCUAGUCCGUGCAGCUGACCUUCCCCAGUUCCACAUACCCAGCAUGCACGUGGUCCAGAAACUCUCCCACCAGUACUCCGAAAUCUUCAUUAAAACACUAAGACUUACCAACAAUACAAGCUGUGUGAAGUCGGCCCUCCAGUUACUGACUGCAAUGGCAUCACUCGGAGCCCAGCCCGCAAAGGAUGCACUGCGUCUGGUGGACGUGACGUUAUCGACACUCACUGGGCUGCUGCACAGGGCUGACAAGAAGGACCUGCGUUCAUGUGUCAUCAGCCUGGUGGUGUCCUUCCUUCUGACUGAUGACAAAGCUGUCAUCCUACAGCUUCUGCAGUACAAAGACUUGAUGAGGAGCAUCUUUAAGAACCUGCCAGGUGACCACCUGUCCACCAUCCAGCUUCUCCUGACUACUCUUAGGGACAUGGUGGUGAGAAGUGAUUUUGUGUCCAAAACUGCCAAAAUCCACCUGUUUACAAACCAGGCACUGCACCAGCUGACUCUGCUGUACAACUGGACUGGCAGAGUGGACAUUUCUGUCAGUGAGGGUGAUAAGAUCUACAAAAGCCAGCCCGACAUCUCGCCUGUCUUUGACCUCCUGGAGCCCCGCCCUGCUGAAGAGGUCAUCUCCAUGGUGAUGGUGACAGUUUUGCCGUCUGCCAUCAAACCUGUAGUUGCUCAGGGCAUCAAGCACGCUGAAGCAUCAGUGAGAGCGACUACAUGUUCCCUGCUGGUGUGUGUCCUUCAGAGGUCAUUCAAGGUCAUUAGCCAUUGUCGGGACAGGCAGCAGUGGACGAGCCACACCGUUUACUCCUUUCACGACAUGGACAGGGUUGUGGUGCUUCUCCGAGAGGCAUUGGUGAAGAUGCUGCCUGAUAUAAACACUAUCAUCACUGCCUGGCAGUCUGCAAGGAAACAGGAGAGGACGACAAGCACUCAGGAACCACAGGCUGGGAAAACUCUGGUCUUCUCAUCACCAGAUGUGGAUGGAGUGCUGCAUGUCCUGGGUCUGUACCAGCAGGUUUUACCCGACCAUUUCCUCCAGUCAAACUAUGACUUCACCAGGCUGCUGCACGACACGGCAGUGUGGGUCACGGAGCAGGGGUUGACAUCACCGUGGUUACACAUCAUGAGCAUUCUGGGAAGGCUGCCAAAGGGAAGGAUCAAGUGGCACAAGGAGGAAAAAGGCCAGAGGACAGCAUGCUACCAGCUCAUGCAGGUGUUCUCCAACACAUCAGAUGUUCAGGUCGCCAAGCAGACAAAGGAACUUCUGGUGAAGGUCCUGAGUGACACGGGUCUGUUUGACCACACCUCGGAGGAGGCAGAGCUGUGGCUGAGACAUCUCAGACUCCUUGAGACGACUGAGGAGAGGGACCAGGUGCUGACAUUUCUGGACAAAGUUCUGACACGGGGAGUCAGGAAUCCUUACCCAUUUGCAGACAAGGUUGCUGAGAUGAUCGUCGAAGCCUCCUCCUUUACCUCAGACAAGGUCAACACAACAGGGCCUGACCUUGAAGCAAUCUUAGAUGCAAAUUCUGCAGUUAACGUAGAAGACAUACUUGAAGACAGCCCACAAUCAUCUACAAGUCUUCUUCCCUUCAGUGCAUUUGUCCCAGCGUUGUUAGAAGACUGUAGGUCUGUGGUACAGAAGGUUGUUGGAGGGACCAUACAGCCAUCAGUAGUUAACAACAUCCACAGUUUUCUGACUCCGGCAUGUCUUGACUUGCUCCACUCACAGACUGACCCCCUCCCCCUGUGCCUUACCCUCCACCAACACGUGGCAGCUGUACACAGUGAAGCAUCAACAACAUCAAACAAGCUUGCACCUCAGCCGUGGAUAGCUGACUGUAACACUCUUGCUCAGACUGUAGCCGAGUUCCUGUCCACUGAAGAAAUACCCAAGAUAGAAACCUUGCCUUGCGACAAACUGGUGAAGAAGUUGCAGAAAGACCUUGCUGUGGAUCACAAAGACACAAGCGUCGAGUUCUGCAGAAGUUUGUUUGAGAGGAUAAGUUGUUUGGACACCAGCAGCUUGGACCUUGUCGCAGAUUUGUUUCUUAGCUUCUGUCUGAAGACUCCAGACUUGCUCAGGUUUGUGGCAAAGUUAGCAAGAACCAGACGUCUCCCUGAAGCAGUGGUGGCAACCUUGAGCCAGUCCUGCAAGGUCAUUUCCAUAGCAACGCUCCUAUUCCAGUCGACCAAUCGGCAGCUUAUACAUCAGCAGGUUGUAAAGGAUGCUGUCUUAGCUUCCAUCAAGGUGCUGAAAGAUUCAGAGUUUGUGUUUACUGGAAAGUGUGUGCUGCUUUCCCUGAAGAGAGAGCUGGAUUCUCUGACGUCCAACCAAGAUAGCGCCAACAUAGCGAACUACUUCUUGUAUCUUCAAGAGAUACUUCAAGCCUCAAGGGAAAUGCAAAAUCAAGAGGUCUUAGAUGUUGAUGCGGGGAAUGACAAGUUGGAAGACUUGGAGAAGACUAUCUUGAAUCAUCCAAUAGUCAACAGCUGGUUUCUGAAACCUAAGACAGGAAACAAGAAAACUGAUGCCGUUUCAGGUGUGAUGAGUGAAGAAACAUGUAAGAUGAUAGCAAGCAUGAUGCGCCAUUCCCCUUCUAGUUCCACCCAAGAACGUGCACAAGAUUUUAUCCGCAAGCUUGUGACCAUCUUAAGGCAGGAAAUAGGGUCUGCUCAGAAGAAGAGCAAGUGGACAGCAGGUUCCGUGACCUUGAACCUGUUCAGUUGUCUACAGUUCUGUGCUGAUGCAGAGGUCAUACAGGAGGUGGUGGAAGACUUGUCAAAAAUUCCACUUCAAGUUCUCCUUGGUCCACAGAAGACAUCUUCAGACAUGCCAAGUCUACAUUUGUGUGGCCAAGUUCUCGUCUCAGGAGUGCACAGGUUGCUCGCAGACACUGGAGGACAGGUACAGGUGUCUAGUUGCUGCUUCCAUCAGCUUCUCAAGCUGCUACAAGUCACUGAUAGCCAAGAUGUGAAGACUACAGUGCUGAGACUACUUGAGACCGAGUCAGCAUUUCCAGCGGAGGUGGAUGAGAACCUUCUGGAAAAUCUAUUGCAGAGACCCUCAGAGUCGAGUGUGCAGGUUGCAGCUUUACUGGUUGAGAAAAGUGUAAUGUGCAGGGCCCAGCUCCGUUCCUUUUUCCUGACUAAAAGUGGAAAGAGGAAGCUGAGAACACAUUGGCAGACGUACGUUCCUGCACUGAAUUCCUACCUCAAACAAACUGAAUGUGAUAAAACUCAAGAAAAAUCAUCAGGCAAGGUGUACCAGGUACUGCUGGAAGACUGUUACAAUGAGAUGGUGGAUUCUGUCUUGGCAAAGAAGGAGGAGGAGAUACCGGGCGGAGUGGAGCUGGUCGCUAGGUUACUGAGAGAAAAGUCUGUUGCCUUGGAUACCAAGGAGUUCCUUGAGAAGCUGAUACCAUUGAUGUCAUCUCCAGAUACAUCUUUAAGAAGGUGGCAGAUUGUUCUUGAUCUCCUCAAAGAUCUUUCUGACCAAGACGAAGGAGAGAAUGAUUCCACGUGUGGCCGUCUUCUUGUCGCAUCCUGGGAGGGUCUUACUACACUUUGGAAGAAGAAGAAAGAUGCAGCAGACAUGACAAGUCUUCAAGAGAAGGAAAAUGGUCUGCUAGAAAACAUGCAGAAACUUGUGAGUUUUGUGAGGAAAGACUCAUUGCUGGAAGACUCCAAGUCAACUUGGGCCAAAUUUGUGAAGACUGGGCUGAGGUACAACCUGGAGAAUUCCCUGUUCCUGCGAACGUUGCUCUGCCUGACUGGGAUCGUGUACGGGACAGACGCCCCCGAGCAGACCCUGCCGCUCCCGACUCUCUACCAGAUGAUCUGGAGCCACUCCCACUUCCUGUCAAUCAUCAUGGCACGGCCUGAUGGGAAGGUGGAAUCUGCAGCAAAAGGUGACCUUGUGGAGCUGCUGUUCCAUCUGGUAACCAUGGAUACCACAGCCUGCACCAGUCAGCACGUCCCUGUGUUGCUGGGGGCCUACAAUGCCACACUCAGUAGAACAGAUCAAACCCUUCUCUGUAUUCUACAUGUGUAUGAAGAGCAGGGAUUUGCCUCAGAAGAGUUUAUGCCCUGGCUGUGGGGAGUGUCCUCUGUCGAACACUAUCAGGCCAGGAAGAGCUUUGGUCCAUCGCUAUGGCAACAGCCGGGGAUGGAGGAUGUGCUGAAGAUGCUGGAGAAGGAGAAGAUGCACCAGUCUGUGCUGAACUUCCCUGUCUCAAGGAAUCUUAAACCUCAGGUGUGUGAGGUGCCCCAGUCUGCAGGUGAAAUGUACGAUCCCUGCUUCUUCCUCCCACUCUUCUCCAGCGUGCUCACACCAGAGUCUGUAGUGGACUGCAGAAGAUUUGUGGAGAGCCACUGCCUGGGUUUUGUGCUGGCUGGGUUGGCGAGUAAUGAUGCAGACAUGCGGGCUGCUUCUUACCAUGUCCUGUCGCUCUUCUACCAGCACCUGGAGGGAGCCAGGUUUGCAGAGAAGAGACAGUUACUGUACCUGCUGCAGUGUCUGCAGAAUGGGAUCCACCGGCCCAACCUGCAGGUUCCCAACAUCCUCACACUGUUCCUGGCCAGGACAAGCCAGCUGCUGCUGCAACCAGAGGAACACAUGUACCCUCUUGUGUGCCGCUACCUACUGGUGCGACCUGACCUUGACCUCAAGGCUAUCCCAGAAUUCCAUAUCCUGUUCUUCAGCACAAGUAUGGAGUUUAAGACAGAGCGUUCCUGGAUCCUGACCCUGCUGGUUGAUGGCCUGAGAGACAGACAAGACUUCCUUCUGUACCAGAGCAAGUCGGUCUUCAGCAUAGCCCUGACCUUCUACGAGUCUCCUCUGAGUGACGAACACUCCAAGGCCCUGGUGAUGUCCUUGCUGGAGAAAGCCUGUUGUAUCAAGGAGGCUGCCGAGUCUUUGUGUCAGAAACAUGGGCUUCUGUCCUGGCUGCAUGCACUUGUUAUCAGCAGGAAAGGAGAGGCAGGCACCCUGAGUCAGGUCAUUCAGCUGCUCUACCGCCUGUGGUCCACACUACUUGGCACAGAGAGACGUGUUGGUUCCGACAGGGAGGUUCUGUCAGAGGUAGAAGCCACGGCUCACACACAAACAACCAUACCACCUCAACUGGCCCAGGAAGUUUUGUUAGUGUGUAGUUCCAUCUCAGAAACCCUAGGCUGACUAGGUUUUUUGAAAAAACAAGUUUUUUUUUAAUGCCUUGGAGAUGGAAAUGACAUCUAUGGUACUUUUGCAUAAACCCAGUAUUUCAACUUCAACUACCGUAGUCUUUUUCUCAAAAAUUUUCUUCUAAGAUAAAGUUUGAUGUCAGCUUUGAUGUACCUGCAGCAAAGACCUUUUUCACUGGUCAGGAUCACUACUGGUAGAAUCAAGAGAUUCUGUCAAAGUGCAAUCUCCACCUAACAUAAAAAAGCUAAAGCUCAACUACCUAUCAACACAAACACAUGUAACACUCAGAAAAACCUCCUGCCAGGUCUAUGUUCAUGAUACUUUAUUUGUACCAAAAGAUAGAAAAUAAGGUAAAGUUGAGGGAUCUACUGAACCAUACUAAUAUAGGGGUACAAAAGGCUAAACAUUAGGGGAAAUUACAUGUGGCUGUCUAGUAAAAAAAAUAUCAGAGAAGGAAAGUUCUUAACCAAUUAAUGUGAAUAAACUUAAAUUGAGUUAUAUUAUCAUAUAAAAUAAUUAAGCAGUAAAUAGAAUAUUAACAUAAUAAUAUAUAUUGCUUUAACAUAAGGUUGUACAUGUUUGUGUGGCUGUUGUAGUGAGCUCCUUCCUGUGCUGGAAGGGAACAUUGUCGAAGAUAAAGCCUGUUACAUAACAGCUUUCUACCUAGGAGUUAGUGAAUAUUUAUAAAGGUUUGGUAUAAAUACACUGUGUACAUGAGUUACAAAGUACUGUGUACAAUGGCGCUGGCAUAAACAUCAUAGAGGGGAUCUGCUUACAUUGAGGCAGUGGAGAGGCUAGCCUGGUAGGUAGGGUAGAGGUGUAUGGUUAAACAUCAGCACCCUGUUACUGAGCACUCAAAAAUUUCGAUCCUCCGUUGUUUACCCUUCUUACAAGUCCAAAAAGUCAUUCUCUGCUAUCUUCACAAAAAUAGCCUUUUUUUAUUACUUUCCGUGUGGGCUAGAAAAAAUAGGUUCUGACUACGACACCUCGUGUCCACACGCGCUACAUGAAGGGUGGACAAUCACAGAACCCACGCGUCACAAUUGUCUCAUAGAACAAGUAAAACAGUAGAAUUUCAUCGUACAAGGUUACUGGCAGCUACACGUAUGCUUUUUAAACAAGCUCAUCUACAAACUAGAAAGCCUACAAAAUGCGUUAAGAAUUAUUUAGAAAAAAAAA